AUGCGGUAUUCACAUAUGCAGGAAACAUUGAAGUACGUUGCCGAUAGUGAACGUAUUGUUGGCUACCUAAUGGAUCAUGCUCCAUGGUCAACUACGGAUGGUGGAAAAACUGAACAAUCAUGUCGUAAAACGAAUUAUUGUUGGAAAAAGGAGUUUGAUAGUGACAUAUCAAUCGAUCAUUUGUAUAAUACAAUUGAAAUGUUAUUUGAUAAUUUGCACGACGACGAUGAUUACUGA